AGUAAUUGCAUAAGCAAUACCAGUCCCAUACAUGCUCAGAUAUUUCAGAAAACCGCAAACCCAUGCUUGCUUCUUACCUGAACUACCAACAGUCCAAAUUUUACACAGAACAAACCCAUUUUUCUUUAAAUAUGGAUAUUGUCCCCUAUCCUCUCUCUCUCUCUCUCUCUCUCUCUCUCUCUCUCUCUCUCCCACCUUCAGUAAUCCAAUUGGAAAUGACUUCUUGAAUCCUAGGGAUGUCAAUAGGUCUGGUGGACCCAACAGAACUAAAACAUACUAAUCCUAUUAUAUAGGGUUUGGGUCUGCAAUAUGCAUGCAUCCUAGUUAUAAUUGAUUAAGAACAAACCAAGUCAAGUCAAGUCAACUAAACACAAUUAAUCCUUGUCCCAACUCUAUUGGGGUAGGCUAUAUGAAUCUUAUCUUGUCAUUUUGUCUGUUCAGUGCCACGUACAUUGUUUAGGUAUGGACCCUUAAAUCAUAUCUCACUACCUCAACCCAUGUCCUUGGCUGCCCCUAGCUCUUCUAGAUCCUUUAGCUUGUAACAAGCCACCCUACAAAUGCGGUCAACCUCCAUGAGAAAUAAAGAGGGUGCAUCCAACAAUCUUGAAUCUCUUGAUCAAACUAAGGGAACAAAUGAACCUCCAAGAGAGAUAAUUAACAUCAUUGGGGUGGAAACUUCUAAACAAUGUAUUUCUCCUUCUCCAGUCUUGGGAAAUAAUGAUCAUGGAAAGGUUGUUUUAUGUCAACCUGCAAAAUAUUUUGAUGCAAGGAGUAGCACAUGUACUUCUGGUCCCUUUCCUUUGCAGGAGCUUUCUUUAGAACAUGUGAAGCAUCAAGAUGAGGGAGUUUUUCAGGAAAAACAUGUACUUAAUCACUCUGAUGCAUCCCUAUUUUCAAGGUAAUUUUUCUGUCUUUGUAUAUCAUUCUAUGCUUGACUGCUUGGGCCUGAACCAUUCUAGUGCAUCCCCUUACAAAUGCAUCUUAUACCACACGCGUUUGUAUUAUCAUGCAUGCAAUCCAUCUUAACUGACAAUGGGGAACCACCUGAAUUGAUUUGAUUUUCCACAUUUGGUGAAUGAUGUAUUUGUCAGAGGCUGCAAGGUAACAUGAGGCAUAUGCAUCAAUUAUCAAUGGUUAUUUAGUUGGUUAAUGCAAAUAAUAUAUAUUUUAUGCAUCUCUAUAGUUCAAAAUGUAUGAACGAAUCAUUUGAGGAAAUAAUCACUUCUGUGAUACACUACCAAUGGCUACUGCAUCCUAUACUAGAUUCAAUAUCUCCUAUAGAGCCCCAAGCGCCAGCUUCAAUCCACCUCUUUAACCCUAACUUGAUCAAGUUCAGAUUCUUCCUGUCGGUUCAGAUUUUAGGUAGAAAUCUUCAUGAGUAUUUUCUGGGUUUCAAAAUAGCAACUUAAGAUCUGCAAAACCGUCUACCAAUUAGGCAACAACUUCCAACAAUAAUCAACAACUAUCUAUCUAAUUCCUCAAUGACUAUCAAAACUUAGUUGUAAUGAAAAAAGUAAACCAAGUAAAAUAAUUGUGGCAUUGGACAUCUCUUGAACUCAUUUACAUGGUGACUAACUGAGAAUGAGGUUUUCCAAGUUCAGCAAGAUGUUGCUUUUUCUUUUUUUUUUUCCAUUUUUCGUUUUUUUUUUCUUAUUUUCCAUUGAAGAGAUGAAGUGAAUUUUUGUUAAUGUAAUCUUCUCUAGUUUCUGUUGGCUUCUCUUAUUGAUUUUAGUAAAAGAGGUUCUGUUUGAAAUGUGGAAUUCAGUGGAGAACUGGGCAGAUUGUAGUCUCUAUGGUAACCUCAGGGUAAAGUUUACCAUGUUGGAGGGAAGUAUUAGUAAUACAUAGGUUUCUUCUCUGCUUACUUGAUUUUCUGCUUCUUUCACCCUUCUGUAUAAAGGAGACCACAUUCUUUUCUAUAGUUGCAAAAAUUUAUUCAUUUCCUUUUGAUCUCUGCCACUUUCUCUAUGGUCUGAAUGAAGAAUUCUUUUCUUUGCCUUUGACAUCUGGUACUUACUUUCUGGUCUUGGAGCUCUACUGUUGCAUUAUUAUGUUAUUUCAUACCUUCUUCUCUUUAUAUUAUAUGUAGUUAGGGCUAAAGUUAGUAUAGCUUCUUUUUGUCUUAUAUGAGGAGAAGUUCUCUUGAAAUUUAAAGCUGAUAUAGUUAAAAGAAAAUACAUGUUAGCUUGAUUACCGUGCAUUGAUAUCUAAAAAUCCAUUGAAUCAUUAAUGCAAAAUGCAGUUUUAUUAAGCUCUUUUAUUCUGAUGGUUUUUGUUUAUAACUUUUUGUUUUUUGAUUUUGUAAAGGAAGGAAUUUUUUAUAAGUUAAAGAACUUUUUGGACUUUUGUAUCACUUUAUUGGAGGAUGACAUUUUGAGUUAUCAAUGCUUUUGUUAUUAAUACCUCUUAGAUAAAAAUUGCAAGAUAUAUUUUUAUUGGCAUUUGCUAGUUGCCAUGUUCUUAAGUUUCACUCUUAUGUGAGGUUUUUCAGGGUUUUUGGACAGGGGGUAGGUAUUGUUAAGCAUGUUCAUUUUUGUGUUUCGCCAUUUACUUGGGAUUAGGGGAUUUGGAAGGAGUGAUGACAGAAAGAAGACAGGAGGUUAAUAUUGUUGCUGAAUGUUGAGUAGUGUUAUAAGCUACCUUCAAAGGGUGGAAGAAAUCUGUAGAUUGGGGAUUGAUUCAAAGCCAUUUGUCAUUCUCAGAUCUCCCAAGUUAUGUUCGGAUGUAUUACCAUGCAAGGACCACUGAUCAGGUAUUCAGAUAUAAGACCUACAACCCUUGCCAUGUGAACUGCAUGGAAGGAGAACAACAUCAUGUGGAUGGUCCAUGCAGAUUGGGCACAAAGCUUCAUCCCAUUCCUUGUGCAAAGCAAGGAUAUCUGUGCCAGUGGAGGUGCUACCUUUCAUAUCUGACAUCUUGGGUCAACUGUAUUAAGUUGUUUGAAACAUUAAACCGAGGUUUAGAAUAUCUACACGAACACUGCAAUCCUCCAGUGAUCCAUAGGGAUCUAAAGUCAUCAAAUAUUCUUCUGGAUUCCAAUUUCAAUGCAAAGCUCUUUGAUUUUGGUCUUGCUGCAACUUUUGGGGCCCAAAACAAGAACAUUAAGCUUUCUGGUACUUUGGGUUGAACGAAUACAAGAGUGAUAGAAGACAUUGUUGAAGAUAAUGAACAUCAAUAUUUUACAUUUUUUUUUGUGAUUUAUUGUUAUAUGUAAGAAGAAUUUUGUGUUUUUUUAUAAUAUUAAUGUAUGGAAACCAUGUUAAAAUGUACCUUUGUU